CAUAUUUCUUUAAGAUUCUUUAUGUUUGUUUCAAAGCCAUCUAAGGUUUGUUAGCCUUUUUUUCUUUUCUUUUGACUUUUGUUGAUGUGCCAUCAUCCUUACCAGCACCAUUUAAUAAAGAUGAGGACGACCAUGAUACUUAAAGAGAGAAAUCAGGACAACUAUGUAAUGAUGAGUGAUGUGCUAAACCUUUCAUUUUGGGUACUUGUAUAUAAAAGAUACAACCUUGGAGAAUAGCAAGGUGCUGGGCAUUGUAUUGCAAGACAAUUAGACAAUCAAGUUCCUUUCAGAGAGGAGCAGCAAUAGGCUAAUAGCAAAGGGUCAAGGGAGGGAGAGAAAGAUGAAUCCCGCUGUUGAGUUAAAAUGGAAAUUUUCAUGUUUUCUCACAGGUUAAUUGUCAUGAUCAACCUCUCUGGCUUUAGAAUUUCAGUAAACAUGGAUGAUUUCAUUUGCAAGGUUGUACAUUUCUCUGCUGUUUUUUUAACCUUUACUGUGUCAAUAUUGUUUUGUUGACCUGCAAAUUUAUCACAAAUGUUCAUGUAAUGAUUUGAAGUUUUCAUAUUCUGCUUACUAAAUUGAAAUUAUAUACCUCAAGCUACUGUCAAUUGUACUGUGAUGCCCUGGAGAUGCUGGCUUGUUAUAUUUCUUUUCCCAUCUAUACUCUUGGAACUUUUCAUGCAUCAGUUGCAUGUUGUUGACCUGCAAAUUCAUCUCAAGAAGUUUUGGUUUUUUUCUUGUUGUUAAAUAAAUAGAACUUUGUACCUCAACAUGUUUUCAGUUGCGCAGCAAUUCACUGGAAAAAAUGCAUGAAAUGGUAAUCAUGCUUCAUAUUUGCAUAUCUUGUAUGAACUGGUGUAUCUGUAUCAUGAUUAGUUUUCUGCUCUGUUUCCUUUCACAUUCAGUUCGAUGCUGUUUGGUUCUCAUUACAUAUAUUUCUUUUUCCUUAAGUGCAACCAUUUUUAGAACAUUACAAGCAUGAUCACUAAAACAUUGAUUAUGUAAAAUAAAAUGAUAUCAUGUACUCAUAGCUUGAUUUGACAUUCAACUUAUAAUCUCAAUGUUUGGUUUGCUCAAAAUAUAUUCAGAACUUCUGGUGACUAAAUGUUAGGUAGAACAUAAACUUUUGUGAGGUCAACUUAUUGUAUUGCAUUUUGCAUUUCAAAUUGGUAACUUGCAUACUGUAGAACAACCUGGUAGGCUAAGUUCUUUACUUAGCGCAUGCUGAUCAAGAUAGAGAUCAUAAUGCAAUCUUGAACAGCUAGGAAAUGGCUGAAUGGUGAGACAUGAUUACAGAAGCCACAGGUCUAUUGUCUGAAUCUUAAGGCAUAAGUGCAACUCGAAACAAGUAGGCCUGGGAGCUAGUUGAGGAUGUUGUGUUUGUGAACGGUGGGGAUUGGGAUAUUCUUCCCACCAGAUUUGGCAUCUCGGAAGAGCAUCUGCCAUUGCUAAGAUUUGCUAAUAUAUUCCUAAGUUUAUAAAGAAAGAGUACUUGAUCAACUUAUAUUUCAUCAGAGAGUUAUUAAAACCAUCUGAGCUUCCUGUGCCUCUCUUUUUUCCCCUCUCUCUCUUGACUUGUUUAGAACAAAAAAAAGAACAUAUGAGUAUCUUUUUCCAAGUAGAAUGGGGGCUCCAACCUAUGACAGUAUGACCUCAACCACCGUUCUUGUCCAGUUGUGCUUUAGAAUUAAUAACCUGGAAACUUGUUUAUAUUCAACCUACCCACCUACCUUUCCCCACCAGCAACCUUUUAGAUGACAAGGAUGAGUUGGGCAUUCCCAUCAAAUCACUGCGAAGUGCCAUCAUAUCAGGAAAUGUUGUGAUAAACACUAAAAGCAGCCACUCCCGGUUCCUCUUGGAGAGUGGUAGCAGAGGUACAAGGAGAGCAAUCAUGGAGUCUAUAGCUCUUCUGAGUCCUUGUGAAAUAGGAAGGUUCAGGUUUUCACACAGAAUUGUGCUGGCACCUUUAACAAGAAGCAGAUCAUAUGGCAAUCUUCCACAAUCACAUGCCAUACUGUACUACUCACAGAGGGCUACAGAGGGUGGUCUUCUGAUUGCUGAAGCAACAGGGGUGCCAUCUGAUGCUCAAGGGAUGAGUUUAAUUCCGCACACCCCAGGGAUAUGGACCAAGGAACAAGUUGAGGCCUGGAAGCCUGUUGUGGAUGCGGUGCAUGCUAAGGGUGGAAUAUUCUUCUGCCAGAUUUGGCAUGCAGGAAGAGUAUCUGAUAUGGAGAAAGAGCCCAUCUCAAGCACAGAUAAGCCAGUGGAAAAGAAUGAAGAUGACCACGUGGACUGUCCCAUCCCAAGAUGCUUAGCUGUAGAAGAGAUCCCCAAUGUAGUCAAUCACUUCAGAGUUGCUGCAAGAAAUGCUCUGGAUGCUGGUUUUGACGGGGUUGAAAUCCAUGGUGCCCAUGGCUUCCUUCUUGAGCAAUUCAUGAAAGAUAGUGUCAAUGAUCAUACUGACAAGUAUGGAGGCAGCCUACAGAACCGCUGUUGGUUUGCCCUUGAGGUAGUUGAAGCCGUGGUGGCUGAGGUUGGGUCUGACCAUGUAGGGAUCCGCCUCUCUCCUUAUGCCAACUACCUUGGCUGCAAUGACUCGAACCCAGAUACAUUGGGUGUCUACAUGGCUCAGGAACUGAACAAACACAGCAUCAUGUACUGCAGCGCAGUGGAACCUGAGAUGGUCACGGUGGAUGGCAAGAUGCAAAUUCCACACAGGCUGCACGAAAUGAGGAAGGCCUUCAAUGGAACAUUCAUGGUUGGUGGAGGGUAUGACACGGUGGAGGGAAACAGAGUUGUGGCUGAUGGAUAUGCUGACAUGGUUGUAUAUGGUCGCCUGUUCUUGGCGAAUCCUGACCUGCCGAGGCGAUUCCAUCUGGAUGCUCCUCUGAAUAACUACGACCGAUCAACAUUCUAUACCAAUGAUCCUGUUGUCGGCUACACGGAUUUCCCGUUCCUUGAUGACUGAGCCAGUGAGCUCCACAUGCGGGGAGAAUGGUAUUUAGCAGAACAGAGGCAACUAGGGGAGAGCUGAAUUGCCUUUGUGCAACUUUUGCCCCGGAAUCGGAGCAGGCUUGAUACAUCACUGGAAAGCAACAAUUGGAUGAUUUUCAUUUCGUGAGGUUGUUCUUUAACAUUUCUGGAUUAAAUGAUGAAAAGUUGCAGAUUUGAACAAAUUUUAGGUAUUUCAACAUAUGAAUUGAUGAUUUGGUCACAUCUGUAUUGAAUGGUAAUAUAGUGCAGAAGGUGCAAACGGUUCUGUGUAUUAUUGCACCUUGUAGGAUUGAGACUUGAAAAAUCUCAUAUUACAU